UAGGAACUGUCAAAUGGUGAAAAUUUGGAAUCGGAAAAUACACAAAUAAUUCGAGUGAAAUUCAACCUUUAGUGAAAAACGCAGAUUAUGCUAGGAAAUGAUAGGUUUUCUUUUCAAAAAACGGUCCACUGUUUAGCUCGCGUGCUUGCCCGUAUAAAACCGACACCAUGGGAUAAGGUGCAAACCCUGUUCAGAUACUGUCCCCAGGAGAAUGCAGCCGGAGUGUUUUGCCUGGAUUCCCGGGCCCAGGACGCGGUCAUUGCUCUGGGGUUGUAUUUCCUCGAGAGCGGCUAUCAGUACGAGAAGGAAAUCAUUCCGUAUUUGCUGAGACUUUCUAAGGCCUUGCCCAAGGCGGUUUGGAUCGAUGACGUCAAGCUCAACAAAAUCGAUAAAAUACCGAUUGCGGAAAAGUUUUGCUUCUGCUUGAACAGCUUGCUGUCGGAUAUUGCCGUGGGAUGUCCGGAAAGUCGCGACGAAAUAAUCGUCAACCAAGUGGAAGUGCUGACCGUGCUAACGAAUAUGAUCAAGGGGAGCAAGGAAAGCAGCAGCCUACCACCGAUUAUCUUAUGCAAAGCCACAGUUCCACUUCUGCUAGGAUUGGGUCGCUCUAUGGGAAGAUAUGCUACGGCUGAUCCUCCUUUGCUGUGCCGAUUGUUCCCCCGCGACGAAAUACCUUCGCCAAAGUCCCAGGAAACUCCAUUGGUCAGUUUGGAGUCGAAACCGAACAAUACCAUCAGCCAGUUUAGAUCGAUUAUUCCAAGAUCCAUGUCGGGAAGCCUGACCGCUGAACUGAACGAAGAGAAGACUCCCAAGAAUAAUGCUAAGAAACUAAAUUCCUAUUACUCGGUUCCGUACGACCCGACAACGUAUUUCUUCUCGAAGUAUGGAUCCAGCUUCAACCAGUUCCCCAAUAUGCGGUUCUGUGACUCCCCGGAGAAGAAAAAUCGUUUGCAGUUCCCCAUCAAUCAUCUUCAGGCUAUUUUUGCAUUGGCUAAAAAGCUUCUUACCAAAGAAACCCUAGAACAUCUGGACGAACAGGCGGGGGAUAUCUAUUCCUUACAUCAAAUCAAACCCUACGGAUACAAGAGCGUUUCGGAGACGAUCAAUUUGGUAAUGGUUACCCUUUUGAGGGAAAUCCUACAGAAUCAAACAGAUCUUCCCACCCCGUUCACCAAGGACGUCCAGGAAUUUGUGAAACGGCUGUUCCUGAUCGGACAAACCGAGUUGCAGAACAAACAACACGACAGCACCCUGGACAAAGUGAACGAUCCGUCCAACAUCGUGGUGAACAAGUACAAGAUCAACGUGAUGGCCAAUGCGGCUUGCGUCGAUCUCCUGGUGUGGGCCAUCGGAGAUGAAACGGUGGACGAUGAUUAUACUUUAUCUUCACUGCAACAGAGUUUGUCUUGUUUGCUGGAGCUAGGUGAGGCUGAUAAACUGUGUAGUCGUUUGUAUCAGAAACUCAACUCCGUGUUGGGACACAAAGUGGUGAUGGAUCAUAUGCCGUUACUAAUGGUUUGCUUGGAGGGUUUGGGCAAAUUGGCACAGAAAUUUCCAAACAUUGCUGGAACUUCGAUAUCAUAUCUACGAGACUUUCUCGUUGAUCCCAGUCCUAUAUUGACGAAGCUCCACGCCCAAUCGCAGGCGCAGAACAAGAAAGACAAAGAGAAUGCUCCAUUUAGGAUUGUCGUUCAAGGGUCCGAUUUCAAAGCAUUUGACCAGCAACUGAAUCAGCGCAAGGGUCUCACCAAAUCCGCUCAUGAAGCCUUCGAAGCACUGCGAGAUGCGGCCAUUGAGAACCUUGCCAUUGCACUGAAAGCAGCUCAUGCACUGGAUCCGUACUGCGUACCAGCUUUGGUGGCCAAUGUAUCGAACCGAUUGUUUACCGUGGAGAAGCAAGAAAGCGAAUCCAGCUUGGUUUCAUUGAACAUCAUUGUUAUGUUAGGUCACGUGGCGGUCGCCCUGAAAGAUACGCCGAAAACGACGAAUAACAUCCUUCAGUUUUUUAUUCAACGCUUCUGCAAAGUACCUUCCGAACAGAACGUCCUGAUCGUAGACCAGCUGGGAUGUAUGAUCAUCUCCAAGUGUGAAGCACAGGUUUUUGAAGAAAUCAUGAAAAUGUUUUCUAGAGUAACGGUACAAGCAGCGUCUUUGGCUUAUUCCACCAACCCAGAACAGAGGCUGCAACGGUGGCACAUCUCUAGAUUUUUUGUUUACAGGAAAUCCUACCACCAUGUGUCGGAUGCGGUGGUCAACGCAUUGGCCAACAUUGCCGCCAACAUUCAAGGCGAGCUGGAAAUGUUGGAUUUGCUAGGCAAACUGCUGGAACUGUUUGUCCAGAUUGGGUUGGAGGGUGAACGAUCGUACGAUAGCACGUCCGGUGCGCAGAAAGCCAGCUCUAGUGCCGGAAAUCUGGGAAUGCUGAUCCCUGUUAUUGCUGUCCUCGUAAGACGUUUACCACCGAUCAAAAACCCGAAGCAACGGCUCCAUAAACUGUUCAAAGACUUCUGGCUGUACUGUGUGGUGAUGGGUUUUACCAAUGCACGAUUGUGGCCAUCGGAUUGGUAUCAGGGAGUGCAGCAAAUUGCGGCCAAGUCUCCUCUGCUGAUCUCUCAGAUAGCUCAUCGGUCAGAAAUGCGAGAGCUGAACUACACAUCUGCGAUCCGAUCCGACAGCGUCAGCUUGAACGAACUUAGAAGUCAAAUCUUAGUUUUGUUGGACCAUCCUCCGGCGGACAUCACUCAGUGCAUCAAUAAAUUAACUUUUGCGCAGUGUACAUAUUUAUUAAGCGUGUAUUGGCUGGAAAUUUUGAGGGUAGAGAAUGCCUCUGAGCCCAGUUUGGAACCGAUAUUGAAUUAUCUCUGUGAUAACGCACUACUGAAGGAUAAGUACGGCAUGUGGCAAUGUAUCCGAUGCAUUGGUGAUCAAGUGUUCGAGAAAUUUAGGAGCGUGCUUCUUGCACAGGACGCUGUUCGGGAGAAAGUUCUAGAAUCCCAAGCAAUGUUGCUGUUGGUGUACUUCAAUCACAUUCACAAGCAAAUUCAGCUUGUUGCAGAUCAGUACUUAUCACAGUUGGUUGACAAAUUUCCUCAUCUAUUGUGGAAUCGUAAAGUAUUGUGGUGCAUGCUGGAUGUUCUUCAAUUACUUGCGUUUUCUUUGACCCUUGAUCCAAAUGAAGAAACUCCUACUUUAAGAGUAGCUUCCACACCCUACACACUGCAGUUGAUGGAUAGUUUACCAGCCCGCGAGAGUCGUGUCAAGGACUUUGCUGAUCGUUGCCAAGGUAUCGUUAGUGAAGCCAUGAAAUGGGCACCAAAAUCAACCAGAAGCCAUUUACAAGAGUAUCCCAAUCAGGUACCAACGACGACCUUGUCGAACCAUAGUGGGUUGGCUCUAGCGGUAGAUUCAAUCCUCCACACGUGGGUCACCAAUGCCAGUAUCCAGUCUACAUCGAAACGGCCACAUUGCGUCAAUAGCGACACGUCAAAGUUCGUAUCGGUAUUAUGCUUGCGCAGCAAAUACGCAGGAGAAAUUUCCGGAUUAUUGUCGGUUUUGGAAGACGAAGAAAAGAAAGGAUUGGCUGAUCGACUGGUGAAAGAUAUCUGGGAUGCCUGUGCAGAGAAAAGUGAUGCUAAACAAAGGGGUGCUCUUUGGAGAGCUACAGCAUAUCUGAUUCUAUGUUCGAGUGCUAAUCGGAAGCUGCUGCAUGCCAUUUCAUCUUCACAGGUUCAACUGUUCACGGAAUCUGCCAUGGAAACAGCCGUGGAAUGCUGGCAGUGGAUCCUAACGGCUCGGCAAGAUCUUGAACUAUGUUUCAUUCAGGAGAUGGUAACGGCUUGGCAAACCACAUUCGAUAAAAGAAUAGGAUUGUUCACCGAAGAGGUUGACAUUACUAGCCCUCUGGCGGCGUAUGAAAGUUGCAAGUUGGUCCCCAAGCCAAUUGUCGUAGCUCCACAUUUGAUUUGGUUGCAGUUACUAUCUGAAAUGGUAGAUACUGCUAAGUACUGCAACCGCGAUAAAGUUGAAAUGUUCUGCAUGUUGCUUCAUCGUUGUUUGCCGUUUAGUCGAGACUUCAAAAUGACCAGACACAUUUCCACGGUCGGCUGCCGGUUCAAGCUUCUUCAGUGUGGAUUAUCUCUUUUGCAAGGAAAUACCAUUCCCAAAUCACUUGCUCGAAAUAUACUGCGCGAACGUAUCUACGCAAACGCGCUGGAUUACUUCUGUGGACCACAGCUGUGUCCAAGUCAAUCACGUGAAGCUCUGCUGGAGGAUAUAUCAAUACUGCUUAAAUUUUGGCAAACGAUGCGUAGUGAGAAGAAACAUUUGGUCGCUUCGGAAGUAAGUGACUACGAUUUGCACCCGACGUCUCAGAAUCUGUCCGUAAAUAAAUCUCUAGAUACAGUCUCAUUGGCCGGCAGCGAAGUAGCACGAUCUACUAGCAGCGGAAAUGCAGGUUGGUACAACACCAUUCCACAUUCAACGUCUACGCUUUCGAAACGCUCGAAUCGCAUCAAACGCCCACCUUAUCAGAAGGAUGCCUACGAUAAAGACUACAUGAAGAAACGAAACCUUAUUUUGGAAUUGCUAGCCGUUGAAAUUGAAUUCAUGCUCAUUUGGGCAAAUCCUUUGUCAUCUCAGGAAUUGUUGAUAGCUGGUGAAGAAGCUGUUGCAGAAUGGAGAGCUCGUCCAGUCAAGCUGAACGUUUGGCGAGACUACACUAGGCUUGCAUGGUCCUACAACCCGGCACUCGCUAUAUUUUUGCCGCAGCGUAUACGAAAUGCUGAGACCAUUGAGGAUGAAGUCACUCGCCUCGUUUGCUCGGAUCCACUUGCAGUGAUUCACAUUCCGGAAGCAUUGAAAUAUCUCGUUACCACUAGAACCCUGCUCAACGAAGCUCCCGAACUCGUCUACAUGCUGACUUGGGCUCGUGUCAAUCCUAUACAAGCACUGUCCUAUUUCUCACGUCAAUUCCCCACGCAUCCAUUGACCGCACAGUACGCCGUUACGACCUUGAACUCGUACCCAGCUGAAGCCGUUCUUCCUUACAUUCCCCAGUUGGUGCAGGCAUUGCGACAUGAUACGAUGGGAUAUGUAGUGGAGUUCAUCAAACAUAUCUCCAAACGGUCGCAAAUUGUUGCCCAUCAACUGAUUUGGAAUAUGCAAACGAACAUGUACAUCGAUGAGGAGAUGCAUCACAAGGAUCCUGUAUUGUAUGACAGUUUGGAAGCAUUAUCUCAGAAUAUCAUCGCAUCUCUGUCCGGGCCGGCGAAACGAUUCUAUGAGCGCGAAUUUGACUUCUUCGGCAAAAUUACAGCCGUCAGUGGAGAGAUCCGUUCGUUCCCCAAAGGCCAAGCACGAAAAAAGGCUUGUCUGGAUGCGCUCAGCCGAAUCAAAGUUCAAGCCGGGUGCUAUCUGCCCUCGAAUCCGGAAGCGAUGGUACUUGACAUUGACUAUAACAGUGGAACACCGAUGCAGAGUGCAGCAAAAGCUCCGUACUUGGCCCGGUUCCGAGUGCAUCGAUGCGGUAUCAACGAGCUGGAAAGCAUGGCAAUGGAAGUAUCUAACAAUCCAAACAGCCAGCUGGAUGGACCGAAACUGAGUUCCAUGGGACCGGAAACGUGGCAAGCUGCCAUCUUUAAGGUGGGCGAUGACGUUCGACAGGAUAUGCUGGCACUGCAAGUGAUCUCCAUUUUUAAGAACAUUUUCCAACAAGUCGGCUUGGAACUGUUUCUGUUCCCGUAUCGUGUUGUAGCCACAGCACCUGGGUGUGGCGUCAUUGAGUGCGUUCCGAAUGCAAAAUCGCGUGAUCAGCUGGGACGGCAGACAGACUCCGGCUUAUAUGAAUACUUCCUGCACCAGUAUGGGGACGAAACAUCGAAGGAGUUCCAAGUGGCACGCAGCAACUUUGUAAAGUCAAUGGCGGCCUAUUCGGUUAUUGGCUAUCUACUACAAAUCAAAGAUCGUCACAACGGAAACAUUAUGAUCGACAAAGAUGGACACAUUAUUCACAUUGAUUUUGGCUUCAUGUUCGAAUCGUCGCCUGGUGGUAACAUAGGUUUCGAACCAGAUCUCAAGCUGACCGACGAAAUGGUGAUGGUGAUGGGAGGAAAAAUGGAAGCAGCACCCUUCAAAUGGUUCUGUGAUUUGUGCGUUCAGUCGUUCCUGGCCAUUCGACCAUACCAGGAUGCAAUUGUUACUCUUGUUUCGCUGAUGCUCGACACGGGACUGCCUUGCUUCCGUGGACAAACCAUUACGUUGUUGAAGCAACGGUUCGUGCCAACCAAAAAUAAUAAGGAAGCGGCUGCUCACAUGUUGGGUGUUAUACGGAACUCAUACCAAAACUUCCGAACCAGAACUUACGAUAUGAUACAGUAUUAUCAGAAUCAGAUUCCAUACUAAACAGUUUCACAGCAUUAAAGCUAAAUGUGUAGUUACUCUUAGUAAACUCGACAAGGUAAAUUGAGGGGAAAAGUAACAUUUUACGGUCCUAGGGCAAGUUCAGGGCAUUGUGGGCGUCGGGUUGUAGGGAAGUCAUUAAAAUUAUUUAUUGGGGUCAAAAAAUUGGAUGUGAUUAUAUAAAUAGUCAAAGUUGAUCUAAUUGUUAUAUAUUUGUUAUAUGGUAUGUGUAUAAUAAACAUAAAUUGUUAAAAAUGAAA